CUCCACCCCGUGUGAUCCCUCCUCGUAGGUGUGACAGGAGCAACAAAGGGACGCGGAGCAAACUCGCAUCAGGACCACAAGCGGGACAAGUCUACCCAGACAGAGCACACAAUAGCGGUGGGGCGGGGUGUCGGGGGUUUGCAAACAACAGUGCGUCUGCGGGUUUUGCAAUAUGCAGCAGUAUUCGUGUAAUUACCCUUCUCCUGGCGUCUCUCGACUACAGAAGUCGGGGAUAUUUUUCUCCUGUCAGCGCUGGCAGAUCUUAACCCGACACGAAGCUGAACCGAUAAUUUGAAGACUUUUUGCAAGUCCGGGCUAAAGCCAGAGAGAGAGAGAGAGAGAGAGAGAAAAAGAGAAACGCCGCAAGUGUUAGAAUACUGUAUUUUUAUAGGGAGAGGCGAAGGACGAGCGCUGCUCAGAGUAAACUGGAGAGAUCAGAGCAGAGAAGAGGUGUGAACUCAGCGGACGUCAAGACCUGAGCUGAACACAGAGGCUAAUGCGUUAAAAGGGCCCUCUCCAUGGAUAUAGACACAGACUAUGAGCGGCCCAAUGUGGAAACCAUUAAAUGCGUGGUGGUGGGGGACAAUGCAGUAGGCAAGACCAGGCUAAUCUGUGCCCGGGCCUGCAAUGCCACACUCACACAGUAUCAGCUGCUUGCCACCCACGUGCCAACCGUCUGGGCCAUCGACCAGUACCGAGUAUGCCAGGAGGUGCUGGAGAGAUCUCGAGAUGUGGUGGAUGAGGUCAGUGUGUCCCUGAGGCUUUGGGACACAUUUGGGGAUCAUCACAAAGACAGGCGAUUUGCCUACGGCAGGUCUGAUGUAGUGGUACUCUGCUUCUCUCUGGCUAAUCCCAACUCCCUGCGCCAUGUUCGCACCAUGUGGUUUCCGGAGAUCAAGCACUUUUGUCCCCGAACACCCAUCAUCCUGGUCGGCUGCCAGCUGGAUCUGCGAUACGCUGACCUGGAUGCAGUUAACCGUGCGAGACGGCCGUUAGCAAAGCCCAUCAAACCAACAGACAUCCUCCCUCCAGAGAGAGGCCAUGAGGUGGCAAAAGAACUUGGGAUACCAUACUAUGAGACAAGCAUUGUCGCCCAGUUCGGAGUCAAAGAUGUGUUUGACAACGCCAUCCGUGCAGCCCUCAUUUCCCGUCGACACCUUCAGUUCUGGAAGUCCCACCUGAAAAAGGUCCAGAGACCCCUUCUCCAGGCACCUUUCCUACCUCCCAGACCACCACGCCCCAUAGUGGGCAUCCCCGACCCACCAGCCACAGACGGCGAAGGCCCCGACUCCCUUUUCUGUCAUCCUCUUUGCGCAGAUGUUCUUUUCCUUUUGCAGGGUGGCUCCACUCGUGUCUUUGCACACAAAGUUUACCUGGCUACGUCCUGCUCCAAGUUCUAUGACCUUUUCACUCUUGAUCUUGGUGGGUCAAGUUUUGGGGCAAUGGGAGAAGAACAGGACAGCAAGGAAAACACAGAGAGUGGGGAGGAAGAUGAGCAGAGCAGGAGAGGAGCCAAAGAGCAAGCUGGGCGCACUAAGAGCCUGGACAUUGAUAAAGAUGGAAUAGAUGGAGGAGUGCGGGGCCUGAACCAACCUCAGCUGCUCCAGCAGGGGUCUUUGAGGACUUCCCAGAGUGAUAAUGCACUCCCCUCUCGAGCACAGUACUCAAUGGGAGCAAUGGGGACAGGUCGAGCCCUUUCUGGAUGGGGAAGGGGGUUUCUCAGUGUGUGUCUGGAGCAUGUUGAUGAUCCCAUGACUGGACGACCUCGUCUGAUGACUGUGGUUGCCAUGGAUGCACUCAUUCAGGAGGAACCAUUUAAGGCAGUGCUUCAGUACCUCUACACAGGCAGCCUGGACGAGAGUCGAGGCGAUCUGAUGCAGGUGGCCACCAUUGCGGAGCUGCUUGAGGUGUUCGACCUUCGGAUGAUGGUGGCCAACGUUUUGAACAGAGAAAGUUUCAUGAACCAGGAGAUCACAAAGGCCUUCCACGUCCGCAGAGCCAAUCGAAUCAAAGAGUGCCUCAAUAAAGGGACUUUUGCUGAUGUUGUGUUCCGGCUGGAUGACGGCUGCCUUCCGGCCCACAAGCCCCUGCUCAUAUCCAGCUGUGACUGGAUGGCCGCCAUGUUCCGUGGCUCCUUCAUGGAAAGCUACAUCGAGGAGGUAUCAAUUCCUAACACCAGUACAGCAUGUAUGCAUGGAGUGCUUGAGUUCCUGUACUGUGGUCUCCUGACACCGUGUCCUGGAUUGGAGCCCAUGGAACUAAUAGUUCUGGCCAACCGUCUGUGUUUGCCACGACUCGUUGCCCUCACUGAGCAGCAUGCUGUGGAUGAGCUACUGCAACUGGCAGUGAACGGAGUGGACAUUGAUGGACAGGUGCUAGCUUACCUUGAAGUUUCACAGUUCCACAAUGCCAAACAGCUUUCUACUUGGUGUCUUCAUCACAUCUGCACCAAUUAUAAUAGCAUCUGCCGCAAGUUUCCCAAAGACAUGAAAGCAAUGUCUCCAGAAAACCAGAGGCACUUUGAGAAGCAGCGUUGGCCUCCUGUAUGGUUCUUGAAGGAGGAAGACCGCUACCUGCGUUCUCAAAAGGAGCGUGAACGCGAGGAAGAGAUCCUGCGCAAGCAGCACACCAAACGGGGCUGGUGUUUCUGGAGACACCCGUCUUCCUCUCCACACGUCUCCUAAGGGGUUUUCCACUUUUAGCUCUUGGAUCUU